GUGAUGUGUCAUUUGAGAGAAUGACAGCUGAGGAGUGUCUGCUUCAUCCAUGGAUCAAGCCCAUCACACGUAAACAGGUGGCCAAUAGGAAUCGAUCCUCAAUCAAUAUGAAAAACUUCAAAAAGUUCAAUGCUAAAAGGAAAUGGAAGAUGUCCUAUAACAUGGUGCUAAUGUGUAACCGGCUCAUCCAGCUUAAACUGCUGUGUAAGGACAGAUCGGAUCCAGAUCCACUACAGAGAGAAUGUGAAAGUGACGUGGAGGACACAGAGAGCAAGCCUGCCUCUCUGCUGCGUCGAAGACUCAGCAGCAGCACAUAGAGAUAAGCAGAGUUCAUUGGCGUUCCAUAGGAGGGCAAUCCAUCACCUUUCAACAUUAAGACUUCCAAAUCAAAUGAAAAAGCUAUGCAUUGUAAUGGAAAUUUAUCUCGAAAUGUGAAAUAAAGAGUUUCUCAGAC